AUGAGCUAUACAAAGCCUUCUUCAUUUACGCACUUAGAUAGUGUUUAUUUAAACAGUAAAAAUCCAUUUUAAGAUAAAAAAAGUAGCAUAGGUAAUCUCACUUUAACGGUUACUAAAGCUUCUUUGAUUGAGUCUGGAGCUAAAAGCUUUGCAGAUAUUGAUUAGAGUAUUAAAGAUCCAAAUAAAAAUGUUACUUUGCCCAGCUUAGAUGCUUUUCCAUAAAGCUUUAAAAGUAGAGUUAGUCCUAGCACAAGUGUUAAAAGAGUUUCAAACAUCCAAAAAUUCGAUAAUCAAUUAUAAUCUUACUUUUUAUCAACAAAAAAAAGUGGUGGGUUUUUCAGUUAACUAUAGACUUAAGCUCCUCCUUCUCCAGAAAAAUAAGAUAGAAAAAAUAACUCAUAAUAUAGUUUUAACCCAUAAUUAUCUUCAAAUAAUUAAAUUUCUUUGAGCAAUCUAACUGAAUUGAAUUUUUAUGGUAACUCUUAAAAUAUAUUGAGUCUUCCAGCUGAGAUAAGUAAGUAAAAUGCAAGGAGCUUAGAUAAACAUUAGGAGCUAAAUAAAUAGAAAAAUCAACAAAGUUAAAACUAUUUUAACUUAUCAAGAUAAUCAAUAAGAUAACCUUAAAUUUUAAAAAUUGAUGUCUUAAAGGAUAAAUAAAAGAUAGUAUAAUUAAUUAAUAAAGAUAGAAAAGAAAAAUUAACCAAAAGUUAAGUUGGAUAAAUUAGGCAGUCAGCUGAUAGUAUUGUAGAGAAGGUUAAAUGUGAAGAAAAAAAUUUUUAUGUUAGUUUUUCCAUUUUAGAUACUUCUGCCCAUAGAUUGUUAAAAAAUGUAAAGUGUAAUGAGUAAAAUAAAGUUAAGAAAAGAUAAAAUAUCAGUCCAAAAAAAUCUUUUAUUGAUGUAAUAUAAACAACUUAAAAAGAAAAUAAUGUAGCAAUAUAAAAUGAUUAAAGUUAAUGUGAAAACCACGAAAAAAAUAUUAUUGAACAUAAUUAAAUAACAGACAACGAUACCUAUUAAAAUAGUGAAAAUUAUAUUAAAUAAGAAUUAUAAUAAUAGUAAGAUAUUUAAUUUGAAGCUUUAUAGCAAAGCAAUGCCAAAAUUUCAGAGAUAUCACCUAGAGUAGAAAUAAUAUCAGAAACGGAGUAGAAAGAAGAAUAAAAUGUUGUAGUCGAUGAAUAAAAAGAACAGGAAAAUCAAACUGAAAAAAACAUUAAAUACGAAUCUCUUCUCUCACCAAUUUAAGAACUCAAUUCUUUUAAAUAAUCAAAUGAUAACUAUAAAAGGGACAGCUUUUAUCUUAAAAAUGAUUAAUACUUAUCUGAUAAUAAUAGUGAAAUCAAAAUUAGUUAGUAUGAAAGUCAAAAUUAGGAUAGAAAAACGAGCGUCUUUAAGGCUAAAGACUAAGACUUCUUAACAGUUACAGUGAUAAGUCCAAAAUAACUCAAUUAAGAAACAGAGAAUCAACACUUAAGCAUUUUAAAAAUUCCAAUAAAAACUGAAUUAAGUGAAUAAAAUAGCCUUAAAUUGGAAGAAGAUUUAAAAAGAAAAGAUGAAAAAGAAGAUAGCAAUUCUAUAUCUCCUUAUUAUUAGUCGAGAACACCUGCUUCAAGACAUAGUGAUAAAAACGUUUUGUUUGAUUUAAGCCAGGAUGUAUAGAAACAAGAUAAUACUCCUGCUAAUUCAGUUAAAUCAGUUCAAAUUUAAGGAAUUCUUAAAAAGAAAACUCUGCUUUCAGUAGAUGGAACUGAUUAAUCUGAAUCUGAUUUGACUGCUACAAAUAAAUAAAAUAAAAUAAAAUUUAGUAAUAUUUAGAGAUAAAAAACUGUUAAUACAAAACAAUCUCCUAGAAAAUCAUACUUCAAAAGCUUUUCUUAAGCUAUAAAUGAUAGUAACAGUCAAAAUAGUUAAAACGAUGAAGACGAUAUUCAUGUUUAUAAAUAGAAAUCAGAUCAGAAUAUAAAAGAUAAGAAAAAAUAGAAAUAAAAAUAAGUUCAUCCUCCUUCUUCAGAGUAUGCAGAUGAUGAAUUCAAAGAUAGAUCUGAAUCAAAUAUAUCAGAAAAUACUUCUUUUUCAAAAUUAGAUGUAAAGAUAAAGAAGGGCUACAAAAGAUCAGAAACAAAUUAGAAGUCUGAUGUUUCAAUUGAGGAUUAUUCUCCAAAUUAUAAACAAAAUAAAUUUAAAGGUAAUUAUAAGAAAUACAAAUCACAUCAAAAAAUAGAGGAAGAUGAUAUUUUGAAUGAGUACAAUUUGCAAAGAAAAUCAGCUGGAAACAUUCAAAGUAUGAAAAGCAUUUAGAUGAAGAAAAAGAAAAAUUUUAAUAAGAAUGAAAAAAGUAAAUCUAAAAAUUAACUGAAGGGUAGUUCGUCAGAAGAUUUUGAUGACGAUGACAUAGAAAGUCUAUAUGAAAAUAUGGUAAAUAAUGAUGCCAACAAUGAGAGUUCAUAAACAGACAUAAACUAAGAUGAAAUAUUUAGAAAAAAAAAGAGUAAAAGAUACUCUGUUUAAAUAAAUGAUUUAGCUGAAUUUGUUGAAAUGGAGCAAUAGCACGCUCUGUCGAUAGGAUCAAUUGCAUCGCUCUUUAUGAAGUUACAUAAAGCUAAAAAAAGAGCUUUAAUUCAUUUAAAAAGUUAACCAGCUGAGCCAAUUCGUAUUAACGAGAUUGAAAUGAGUUCAUGUUCUGAUUUAGAAAAUUUAAGCAUGUUGAAAAGCACAAAUAAAAAGGAUGGGAGUUAAUCUAACUUUAAUGAUUAUUGUGAAGAAUAUGAUCAAGAUUCUUAAACACCAGGUUCAUUUAUAAUCUAGUCACUUGCUGAUAAUUUUAAUGAUUUAGAAUAAAUGGAUAAUGGUAGCAACAUCGGAGAAGGAACAGGUAACAAUAAAAAUAGGAAGAAUAUUUUGCAUAAAUUAAUGACUAAGAAAUCUCUUGUAACUAUGCCGAUCAAUAAGAAUUAAAAGUUACAGUAAUUGAAGACUAAAGUAUUUGAUAGGACUCCAUCAAACAAUUUUGAGCUCAGAAAUGUAAGAAAAAACGAAAUGCAUCUGCUUAAAUAAAGGAUUGAAAAUCUUCAUAAAGAAUUUAAAAUAGAGGGACUUAAGUUAGAUCAGAAAAAAUUAAAAAUGAGAAAGCUCAUCAAAGAAAUUGAGAAAAUCAAUGUUAAGGUCAGCACCUAAGAUAAAAAAAAUACUUAGAACUUAAUUUAAGCUAUAAAUGAAGAGUUGGAUUAUGAAAAGCAAACAGAUGAAAAAUAUUUUGAAGAAAUCAUGAGUAAUGUUCCUAUUAUUAACGAAGAUCUAGAUUAUUUCUAAAAAAUGAAAUAAAACAAAAUCAACGACCCUAAAUACAUUAUGAAAUUUGAAGAGUAAAUUAAAAUGAACAGAGAAAGAGAUUUUAUAUCAGAGCUGAAAAAAGAAAAUGUUGUUAUUGAUGAUGAAAUGCUUUUGGCUCUUCAAAGAAAUAAAAUCAUGAAUGAAAGUGAUAAAGCAGCAAAUGAGAGAAAGAACCAUUUUAUAGAUUAGACUCGUAUAUUAUAGAAAUUAGGUCUAAUGAGCUUAGAGGAUUAUUACAAAUAGUAUUAAUUGAAUCCUUAAACUGAUUUUAUUUAUUAAACAGAACUCGAUUAUGAAAAAGCCCUAUAAGAAAACAGAUUAAUUUAGCAAUAAAAUAAUAUUAAAGUCAAGGCAAAUAUGAAGUCAAUUAAGCUAAAAGAUGUUUCUCCAUAAAAAAUUUUAGAGAAAAAAAUAGAUAAAUUUUUAGAACUAUCAAAAAAAGUAAAAAAUUUACCUGUAGAAAAAUUAAACAGCAUUAAAGCCAAGUUGAACCAAAUAUCAAUUCAAACUAAUUAUAUAGAAGAAACAGAUUAAUUUCGAUUCUGA